UAGCGCGUAGACUGUAGCGCCUAGACGACGACUCGAAUUUUACUUUUUGGUUAAAACUCAAGAAUGAGAGUACUGGAUUUAUUUUUAAUUGGUAAACUUCGACUUAUUAAUAGCGUUUCUGGACUGUGAGUGAUUUGUGAUUAGCAGUGUAUUUACUAUUUGCGCAACAUUAUGAAAUACAAACGUUUUUACGAGGCCACGUCAGUGCUGCUCUUAGCUGUCCUCCCUCAAGUUUACUCCAAAUUACCUCCUUUAGAAGAAAUUACAAAUAAGAAAGAUUUCGAAAAGACCUUGAGGACACGGAAUAAUGUCCUGAUAAUAUUCAAAAAAUCCGCUAAAGACGUCCCAUCCGCGCUAACUCAAACCCUGGAACAAGUGGCGGACCAGAGUCGCGGAGCUGCUCUUGUCGCGCAGAUCGAUUGCAGUUCGUCAGAUGGGAAAAAGAUAUGCAAGAAAGAGAAAGCCGAUCCGGCAUCAUACGUGUUAAAGCACUAUAAUAAGGGAGAAUUCAAUAAGGACUACGAUCGGCCGGAGAGCAUUAAGUCUUUCCUAAGUUUCCUUAAAGAUCCUACAUCCGAAGCUCCCUGGGACGACGAUCCAACGGCGAAGGAUGUGUUGCACAUCGAGGAUAGUGCACAACUAAGAAAGUUCUUAACAACGGAGAGGAAGCCGUCCCUCAUCAUGUUCUAUGCGCCGUGGUGUGGGCAUUGUAAACGGAUGAAACCCGAAUACGCCGCUGCCGCUACCGAGUUGAAACGCGAAGCGGUCCUUGUAGCGAUGGAUGUUAACCGACCACAGAAUGCCGAUAUCCGCCAGGCGUUCAAUAUUACGGGAUUUCCAACACUGUACUAUUUCCGGGAUGGGAGAUUCCAGUAUCCAUUUGGAGGUGAUCGAACAAAAAGCGGUAUUGUGCAGUGGAUGCGAAAUCCUCAACCACCCAAACGGGAGGAGGGGGCUGCCGAACCUUUUGAUCAGCCGCACGAAGAACUGUAGCAGCUUUUCUGUUGAUUGUUUGAUUCUAUCUUCUUUCUGCAAAUGACUGUUUGCCAGUUUAUUUAUUUUUUGAUAAUUGCAUCGUUGAAAAACUGUUGUUAACUGUUAUGUUAUGAUUGUUGCGUUGGACGCAUUGAUGAGCUUGGUUUUCUGAAAUUUUUAUUGUUUUAAUGAGCAAUCUGUUGAAUUGGACCAUGAUGGUAAAAUGUCGACGAUGG